CGCUCUCCCAGCACCAUCGAGUCCAGCCGAGCCAGCACACUCCUCACACCGCCGUCAUGAAGGUCCUGGCUUGCGUCGCCCUCGCCGUGCUGCUGGUGGUCGCCUCGGCCGAGGAGCAGCAGAAGGACAAGAGGUUCGCCACCGGCACCUCCCUGGGCUACGGCGCCAUCCCCGCCACCGGCUACCCCGCCUACGGCUACUCCGGCCUGGGCUACGCCGGCCUCAGCGGCUACCCCAGCGCGGCCUACGGCUACGCCGGCAUCCCCUCCGCCGCCGGCAUCCACUCCGCCGCCUACCCCGGCUACUCCGGCUACUCCGGCUACUCCGGCCUGGGCUCUCAGUACGUCUACUCCCCGUACACCGGCUACAAGGCGUGAAUGGCUGUCCCACGCUGCGCUUCGACUCCCAGACUCAGAUGGCUCCGCUCGACUAAAUUACAACCACUUGUUUAGGCUCAAGCUAGAAAACUAACACUACGUGUUUUCCUGUACCGAUUCCUUAUGCACAAUAAAUACAUGUCUUUUCAA